GAGGUAGUUGGUGGUGGUGGUGGAGGUAGUGGCGCAGUAAAAGUUCUUUCCCGCCGCGUUGAAGUUUCGCAACAACAACGACGACGACGACCACAACCACAACUACAACAACGACCACAACCACAACAACAACAAAGUUUCGUGACGACAACAACAACAACAACAAAGUUUCACGACCUGCUGGGGGAGAGCCGGGGGCCUCGAUGAAUGUCUCGGUGGGUGGCGAUGAGUGAGCAGCACCACCGCGAUGGGCCCUCGCUCCUGAACGGAGACGUCCCCAUGAUCCCCCUCAUUCCCGCCGGAGAUGGCUCCCAGCAGGUGAUCGUGGUGCACGUCAAUCCUGGGGAGACGUUCACGAUACGAGCCAAGGAUGGCUCGGUGCAGUGCAUACAGGGUCCAGCCCAGGUUCCCAUGAUGUCUCCCAAUGGGUCCAUACCUCCAAUCCACGUGCCACCAGGCUACGUGUCGCAGGUGAUCGAAGACAAUGGCGUGCGGAGGGUGGUGGUGACACCGCAGUCCCACGAAUUCCACCCGCACGGCCACCCCAGCCUGCCCCCCCCGCACAUGCAUCCGCACUACAUGCACCACCCGCCGGCGCACCUCAUCCCGCACCCCCAGCACAUGUACGCGCAGGUCGCGGAGGUGCCACCACAGUACCUCGCCCAGCCGCUGCCCCCGCAGGUCUACGAACCAGACUCGGCGGGGCCUCACGGGCGGCAGAGCUAUGCGUACCGCGACGAGCGCGCCAGCAAGACGCACGAGCGUCUGCAGAAGAAGCUGAAGGAGCGGCACCACCAGGGCGAGUGGCACAGCCGCGAGCGCGCCGACACGGCCGGCGGCAGCCCCGUCGCGUCGCCACGCAAGAGCCAGACCGCCUCGCCCGACGGCUCUCCGUCCCCGACCUCGUCUGCCACCGCGACGGCGGUGCCGGGGCCGCCGCCGCUGCUGCUGCACAACGGCCACAAGAGCGGUGGCGGUGGCGGCAGCCCCUCGGCCACCUCCUCCGGCUACUCCAGCUCGCUGUCGGCGUCGCCCUCCUCCUCCGGGUCCGGCAAGCGAGGCGCGGAAGAAUGCCGGUCGUGCGGCACGCAGGCCGACGAGAGGGACGCGGCAGGAGACUUCACCAUGGAGAACAAGAGGUUGCAAGAGGUCCUCUCUGAGAUCGAGAAACCACAGGUCGUGGAGGUGUUGGCUCGCGAGGUCCAAGUAAGUUGGCAGCCGCUGCCCGGGUUGAAUCCGGAAGACGACUCCGGCGAGAGCCAGGGCCAGCCCCCGUGUCUGUACGAGCUUUCGCUGUCUACCAAGGCCAAGGAAGCCAAGUACAGGACUGUGUACAGGGGUGAAGAGCUGGAGUUCAAGUUAACAGACUUGAGGCCUGCGACGGAAUACUACAUCAGGGUGUGCGCUCUGUGCGACGGCGUCAAAGGCUCGAACUCGGAGCACGCCACCUUCACGACGUCCCCCGCCGCUCCCGAGGUCCCCAGUCCCCCGAAGCUCACGAGCAGAACCAAGUCUACGCUCGUGAUGCAGUGGAAGCCUCCCGCGGACAACGGCUCGAAAGUGACGGGCUACGUCUUGGAGUGGGAUGAGGGAAUCAAGGGCGGCGCUUUCAAGAACUGUUACAACGGCCACCAGCGGCAGUACCGGGCCAGCAAGCUGUCGCCGUCCAUGGCCUACCGCUUCCGCCUGGCGGCCAAGAACGACGUGGGGACCAGUGACUUGAGCGACGAGGCAUUCUUCUUCACGUCGGGCAGCAUCCCGCCACCACCGUCUGCCCCGUGCCUGCACCGCGCUGCCGUCACCUGGCUCGCCAUCACGUGGAGCCGCCCCACGGGCCUGGCCGCCGAGGAGAGCCUGCAGUACCUGCUGGAGAUGGACGACCCGAGCACGGGCUACGGAUUUCGGCCCAAGUACAACGGAGAGGAAUUGAUCUACACCAUCAGGAACCUGAGGAGAAGCUCCGAGUUUAAGUUCCGGCUCUUCGUAUCCAACGUGGAAGGGAGGAGCGGGCCGAGUGAAGUUGUGACGUUUGAAACUCAGCCAGACAAACCCGGAGCUCCGAGCAAGCCGCUUGUCAAGGGGAAACUGCUUCCUCAUUCCUUCAAGGUCCUGUGGGAGCCGCCAAAAGACAACGGCGGCGUCGAAAUCACCAAUUACACGCUGGAGUUGGUGGAAGGGGACAAGAUGCCGUCGGCGUGGGAGGAGGUGUACAGCGGGCCGCAGCGCGAGCACUCGUGCGACCACAUGAGGCCCGGCGCGUCCUACCGCCUCCGCGUGUCCUGCACGAGCGAGGGAGGCACGAGCCAGUUCUCUGAAGUGUGCAGCAUUCAGCUGCCGCCGAUCGCGCCGGGUCCCUGCAACCCUCCUCGGGUGUUGGGGAAACCCAAAGCUCGUGAGCUUCACAUCCGAUGGAGCCCGUCAGCCAUGGACGGAGGCUGCCCUGUGGCGGAGUACACCGUGGAGCUCGGUGGGCCCAACGUGGAGCCGCGGGAGGCCUUUGUGGGCCCUGAGCUGGAGUGCACAGUGCAAGGCCUGCUGCCCGGGCGCUCGUACACGCUGCGAGUGCGAGCAGCCAACAAGGCCGGGUACGGACCCUACUCGGAGCCCGUGGAGAUGAACACAGCAGCCGGCGUUCCGGAGCAAUGUCAGCCGCCUACCAUCACCUGCAGAAGCGCGACCUUGGCAAGCGUCAGCUGGGAGAGUCCCUUUAACAACGGAGCGGAUGUCACGGAGUACCGGCUGGACUGGGGGUGCGAGGAGGGCUCGCUGCAGCACGCGUACGCCGGUGGCUCGCAGAGCUACGAGCUCAAGGGACUCUCCCCGGCCACCUUCUACUUCUGCCGCGUGCAGGCGGUGAAUUCGGCCGGCGCCGGGCACUUCAGUGCCGUCGCCACGGCCUGCACGCCCCCCUCGGCGCCGGCGGCCGUGAGCUGCGUGCGCGUCCUGCAGGACGGCGGCGACUCGGGCCUCGCCGAGUCCAACGCCGCCGCCGCCGCCUUCUGCCCGUCGUCGUGCUUAGCCGUGGCGUGGGACGAGCCGUGCUCCCACGGCUCCGAGAUCGUGGCCUACAACGUGGACUUUGGCGAGCGGCAGCCAGUGGCGACGGAGCGAGCGGCCGCCCGGCGGCACGUCAUCCGCAACCUGGCGCCCGACACCACCUACAGGAUACGCGUGCAGGCGGUGAACGCGGUCGGGGCGGGCCCGUUCAGCCAAGCGGUCAAAGCCAAGACCAAGCCGCUGCCGCCCGAGCCGCCGCGCCUCGAGUGCUCGGCCUACGGCCCCCAGAGCCUGAAGCUCAAGUGGGGGGAGGGCGGCGCUUCCUCCAGGGCGGCCGCCGCAGACUCGGUCGUCUACAGCCUGCAGAUGGAGGACCGCGCCGGAUGCUUCACGGCGGUGUACACGGGGAGCUGCCACACGUUCAAGGUGCAGCGUCUGAGCGAGCGGACGGCCUACGCCUUCCGCAUCCAGGCCACGAACGAGGCCGGCGACGGCCCCUUCUCGGAGACGCACACCUUCCGUACCACGCGUCUGCUGCCGCCCGCUGUCAAAGGCUUGCGGGUGCAACAGAUGGACGGCAACGCUUGCGAAGUGCUCUGGGAGGCCGUGCCACCCAUGCGGUCGGACCCCGUGGUCUACGUGCUGCAGCUGGCACUCCUCGCCACUGCCAGGGACGCCGAUUACAAGCAGGUGUACAAGGGCCCGGACACGCAGCACCGGCUCUGCGGGCUGCACACGGGCAGCGAGUACCGCCUUCGCGCCUGCGCCAUCCGCCAGUGCACGGAGCAGCAGGGAGCCCCUCCGGCAGCCGCCCAUCUGUCGUCAACAACAACCUCCUCGUCGUCAUCGUCGUCAUCGUCGUCGUCGUGUUCGUGGUCGUCGGCGGCGACCGCCGCCACGGCAACGUCCCCGUCUUUGUCGCCGGGGGUCACCACGCGGGAGCUGAUUGGUCCGUUCGGCGCCGCCGUGACCUUUCACCUGCAGCGGCCGCAGUCGCAGGCCUUGGCGGAUGGGGCGGCCGGGCACGGCGGCGGCGGCGGCGCCGUGACGGCGGCGGGGGGCGCCGGGGGGGCGGCCAAGGCGCUGAGCGACGAGCAGUGGGCCGCCAUCAUCCUCGUCGCGUUCGCCGGCUUCUCCAUCCUCAUCGCGGUCUUCAUCCAGCACAUGGUCAUCAUGUGAAGUUUCGUUUCGACUGCCCCGCCACAAUUGUGAAACGGUACACGCGGAAAUAUUUAAGGAGAUGAAAUCGUAUUUCUUUUCCGGUUUUUAUUUUUUCACUUAAUUUUUUUUUUUACGAAAACGGUUAAUUUGUGGCACGGAGUUCAUUGUUUUUUUUUGUUGUUGGAUGGUUUUUGGGGUGGUCCAAGGCAGUUGUGCUAAUAAUGGUUUGUUUGUUUUUUGCAGUUCCAAUUACAUCUUAAAUAAAAUAAGAUAACUAUUUGGACAACGUGUGCCCAAGUUCGCACGUUGAGAAUUCUGUGUCUUUUCCAAAAAAAAGUGCGCUAACUUUGUAGUUUCCCUUCGAUUCUCUGAACCAUUCACUCUCCUGCGGUACCGUGCAUUCAUGCCAUGGGACUGAUUGUCCACAAGGGACGCGCGUUGGACCGUCGACGUUUAAUUGUCACCUCAAUAUUUUAGAAACGCGCCCACACACACAACUCCCCCCGCUUGUCUUCGGGGCCCACACCAAUUCGGACGAGCCAAACUUCCAACGUCGUCCUUCCUGCCAAUUUUCACUUCGGCGAAACCGUUUCGAGUGUGGGCGCUGGCGAGUUUGCCGUCGGUAACAGCGUUGCGCCACCUUCGAGGAUUCGAUGUUUAUUUAAAAAUCCAAGUUUUGGUUUAAGAAUUUUUAUUAUUUUCUCCGGCGUCAGCACACCGUGGUCCGUAUCGUUUUGUGUGCGUUCGUAGGUGCGCUCUUCUUUAUUUUUUUCUUCGAGCGGUUUCCUUUUCGGGGGUGGCGAGUCGCCGGAGGCCACCACUUACGCGCUCGAUAGCAGCCGCUGCAGUCGGAAGAAAAUGUCCUUGCACUCAAACAUUUACGUUGAACAGUAUUGACCCUGGCGAUGUUGUUGUUGUCGUCUUUAACGGUGGCCUCAUCACGUACGGAGGGGUGGGGGGGGGGCGGCUGCCGUGUGUCUUGUCCGUGCUCGCGGAUGUUUAUAGGGCGACGACUAAAUACGUGCCAUCGUUUCCAAAGAAAAGACGUAAAAAAGCGAACUAAAAAUAUCAAGUACAGUACAGAACCAAUAUUUAGAGACGAGAAAAAAAUCGGUCUUUCAAUCGGCAACAAACAAAAAGCUAAGUCGUGUACGAACAUAUCACGAGUGAGAAAGGGACGCCAAAAUGUACGACGUCAAAAUCUGUGGCCUCUCUUUCCUGUCGCCACCGACGGGAGAAAACCGCGCGCCGUGGCGGAGGAAGGCGGCUGUAGGCAGCGGUCCGAUGUGUGUUCCCGCUUGCCCGGGACAACGACAACGACAACAACAACAACCGUCGGCGCGCCGCGCUCGCUUGGGUUUCGGCAAGAAGCCGGCGGCGGCGGCGUUUGCGCAGAGCGCCGCACCGCCCCCCUCUCUCACCUUGCUGUCGGUCCGAUGGGAGAGGCCCGUAAUCCAGCGCUCUCUGCGCGUCUUGGAAGUGCAUUUUGUUAACCUUGGACCGUACUGCGAUGUUUUAUUGUUGUGGGUGUCGGUCCCUUAUGCCAGCUACUCCCCGAUCCGCACUUUCUCUUUCCCCUCGAUCGACCCCUGCGCCCGACGUGUGUGUAUCUAUUUGCUGUUUGUAUCUGAAUGUAUUCCUUGAAGGGUAAGGGACCCAAUGUGCCUCUGCUUAGGGCGCGUUUUUUUUUUGCGUGUGCGGCCACACGCUCCGGGAAAGCCUCGGGCAGCCUCCGGGCUAACUCGGGCGACGGGGUGUAAAGUCGAUUUCAGAAUAUAAGAAAAAUACAAAAAAAAAACGUUGAAAAAACCCCAAGCCAAAAUCUGUUACUCCAUCAUGCAAAGCCAAAUUCCAGUCCAAAGGCAAAUGUUUAAAACGUAGUCGCUCCCCCCCCCCCCCCCCACCACUAGUAGGACUAUGACGGCGAUGACUACAGCCGCUGAUUAUGGAACACUCCGGAACGUUUGGGGCUUACCGCUUGCCGCCCUCUCACACACGGCAAAGGUGUGGUGGUCCCGCAUGCGCACGCUCGUGCGUGUGCGCUUAACUCAGUGAUGACUAACUGGCUACAAAAUACACAAACGUAGAAAAUCGGGCUGGGGGGGGGGGCAGUGUGGCGGAAAUGCACGCUGCGAUCAUUUCUCUGAGCGUCGUCCGUCGCUGCCAAAGUCGCUUUUGCUCGGCGCGUGUCCGGAAACAGCUCCUCCCAGAUCUGUGAAGAGGGCAAGUCCGGAUUCCCGUUCGUUCGCCCAAUACCUCAUGGGGAUCGCGGGUGAAUAAUUGCGAUGAUUCUCUUAAACAGUUUCCUCUUUUCCUCCACGAUCCGACCGGCCCGUCUCGGUUUCUGUUUCGUCGUUUUAUCGUGCCGUGCACGCGGUGGCCGGUCGUUGUCCGUGGUAUUGGAGAGAGACGGCGUGCUUACAUCUACAAGCCGGGAGAGAGAUGCAUACCGAUUGCAAAUAUGCUCCUCGGCAGAAUAGGGUAUAUUUUUUUUCCUGCGUAGUAAAAAAAAAUAUAUAUGACGUGUGUGUGUGUGUGCAUGUGUAUGUGUGUGCAGAGUACAUAUAUGUAAAAUUAUAUACACUAUAUGGAAUAUACACACUGUGUAUACACUAUGCACAUAUAAAUGCACAUACUCAAAAAAAGCUCGAAUGCUGGCAAGCGUUUUAUUUUCUUACCGCGUUACUUUCGAAUCCUUUGAGCUGUAUCGUUUUCGUUUCGUUCGAAACGUCGCCGGAUUGGAGACCCGCGGUCGGAGUCUCACCGACGCAUAACGGCGUGAAUGGUUUUGUCGGGCCGAUGGCGACGCCCCUCCAUCGUGUUAGGUCCUUGCUGUUAAUUCACGUAUUAUUCCGGUUUUCUCUCCCGCGCCAUCGUCCCCACCCCCCCCCCCCACUACCCUCCCGUGAACACGUUUUAGUUUGUAAGUUGAUGAAACGUAACGGUGCAAUUUCUCGGCGUGUUGUUGAUGUCCGGUUGCGCGUCGACGCUAUUUAUUACGAAUCCCUCACGAUUGGUCCUCUGCUUGCGAGCGCCCAAUUCCGUUUUCUCGUUGCUCCUCGCGUCGCACAGGGCGACGCGCUCUGCUCGCUGUUCAUUAACCCUCGUUUGCUCCUCGCCCCCGCCACCUCGCGAUCGUUCACGCAUUCGUCCAGAAGCUGUUUAAAACAAAAUACUAAAACCGGACACACGCAUUUGCUGUCACGCGCCAAACGGAAGUUUUCAAUCUCUAAUACGAAGUGUUUACAUUUUUAUCCUCGUCCGCGUCUUUCAGAGACGUGGCGACGUUGCUGCCACCGCCGCUGGCACCGUGUCGGUAGUGGCGACCCCACGCUGGGCUCUCAAUCCGCGGGUCGCCGGUUCCAUUCCAUCUGCGGAUGGCGCGGCAGGUGAAACGACUUCCCCCCCCCCCACUGCCGUCUCUGUCCACCCAGCGGUGUAAAUGGGUAAACCACCGUUAAGUUGAUCGGCAGGUCGCGUGUGGUGUGGUGGGGUUAAAGUGUGUCAUACUUGCCACCUCUUCGAAGAUUGUCUGGCCCUUGUGGAAGAGUAGACCAAAACACCCGCUUGAGGAACAAUCCGGAGCGCCUUCUGGCGGAUGGGAAUUUCAGGGGCUGCGCCUUUUACCUUUCACCCCCGGACGAGGCCGGCAGGCCCAGGACGGACAUCUGAGGGUGCCGCCUUCGGUCGACGGCGGCACCGUUGCACGCGACAGAACGGCGCGUAGGAUGUCUCGCGUGCGGGAGGAGGACUGGGUGCGUGGAGUGACAUCGGGCGGGGAAUUUUGCGCGUGGCUUUUGUGGUUUUUACGAUGGGCUGACCCGAGCGAGGUUUAGCAACGGAGCCGUUUCCUUUCGGUGUGUCGGGCGGGGGUCGUCGGGAUCCUGUCCGCCCGAUCCUGAUUUAGUUGAGGCUUCUCCUUUGUCGGGAAGCCCGAUCGUUUGAACGAUCGAUCGCUGAUAAUUAUCGGCGAUCGUUUGAACGAUCGAUCGCUGAUAAUUAUCGGCGAUCGUUUGAACGAUCGAUCGCUGAUAAUUAUCGGCACGCCUGCCGCUGGACGGGAGGUUCUGGUCCAUCCGGCUUGACGUGGGGGGCGGCCAUUAAUUUAAAAGGGGCCCCGGGUAGUUAUCGGCGACGACGACAACAUUUUUUUGCUGACAACAUUUAUCCCAUUAAUUGACCGAAAUCAUCAUCCCAGCUCUGCUUUUGUGCCAGUCAGAACUGUCCACUGAACGCGUCCUCACCCUGAGCGCGUCCUCACCUGCCGCCCUUUGUUGAGGAGAGAGACACACACGGGUGCGGUGUGGCUUUGCUGAAACUGAUCCGUGUCCUGUAUGCGUACGUAUUGCCGUUGAACUUCUUUGGCACCGUACGUAGCCAACCGUGCUGAUCGGAAGGUGCGGAGUGGGUGGUGGGGGGGAGGACAUUGAACUAAACACAAAAAGCCAAUUGUGACUUCAAUGGCAGCGGUCUCGUGAAAAGUAAAGCCAGCCGCCACUUACGCUGUUGCCCAAAGUGCACAGCACGGGGUGGAUAUUGCAUGCUGUGUGUGUGUACGUGCGAGUGGCUGCGUUUGUGUGUACGUGCGAGAGGACGCCACUUCUAAGCGCGGUUUGUCUGGGUUAGGUCUCGCUGUCGCCUCUCACCGCCGCGGGAGCCGUCGAUGAGCGUUGUGGCGCGCGUAUCGAUCUUAUGGACCGUGCCAAGAUGCCGCAAAGUAGUCCUCGUCAAAAGCUUCGAGGGGGUUCACAAACGCUCGAUGGCGAUACGUAGACCAAAACCCGCAUCGCCAGAGGGGCGGCGACGACUCCGCGCGUUCAAAAACAAAAGGAACCCCACCCCCCCGCGGCGCCGGUGACUUCGGCAAGGAUAACCGUAACUCCGUUCCAAGCGCGCUGAAAUCAACGUGGGGGGGGGGGGGGCGGAGUGCUCCCGGUACAGAAGUGGCCCCACGAGGCCGAGGCGGUCCUCUCCGCGACCUUCGCACAAAUGCGCCGGCGCGGUUUCGUCUACGAAUUGUAGAACGUUGACCAAAUUUAAAUUGACAAACGCACGGUGUGAUUUUUACAGACCCACCCCCCCCUUCCCCUACCCCGUCCUUUUUGUGUGUUUGUGUUGUUUUGCGCCAUUUGUGCCGAAGCCUCGCGCACCGUUUGUCCCGUUGCACGUGCAAGGCGUUGUGCCCACCAACGGCAGAUGUGAUGCUCGGUCGUGGCGCGUGGCGCCCCGUGCAAUGCCGUUGGACGGCCGCGAAAGAACGCCAGAUCGGUUUGGACUUUUUGUCGCGGCUUGAUCCGAAAGCCGAUCUCUCGGAACGGGAUUGUUUUACCGACGAUGCGACCCAUACCACGGAGGCGCGCAACGAUGAGUUGCGAUCGAUUACGUUUCUCCCCCCGCCCCCCGCGACCCGAUGAGACGCUCGUUCCCCGUUGUCGCGUGUAGAGUUCGACUUUUGUUUCUCGCCGACGUUCAUCCUGAGUCUCAAGAUUUUUUUGUUGUCACGAGGGCUCCUGAAAGUUUCGCAGUCGGAGUGGGGGGCGGCGGGGGGGGGGGGGGGUCGUCGGCUGCGUUGCUUUGUGUUUUUUUUAUCCCAAAUUUGCGGGUAAAUUUCAACAUUUUGCCAACGUUUGGAUUUGUCUCAUUUCCCCGCCCCCCCCCCCCCCCCAUCAAGUUUCGUCACUCCGUUGUUUGUUCCGUUGGGCCGAGUGACAUCCGCACGUGAUGUGCAUGUUGAUUUUGGACACAUCGCACGCUUUCGACGCGUGUAUCUUGAGCCGAAGGAAACCACUUUAAUCGACGUUCGCGAUAAAAGGCUUCCACCAAUACCGAAUGAAGGAAUGGCCUUGCUUUUCUCCCCACUAUCUUUUUGCACUUUUGCUCUUUUUUUAACGUUAAGUCUUAAAGGUUUUUUGUUGUGUGUUCUCUUCCUGUGUGUGUGUGAGUGAUGCAGAAAUGUUAUCAAGAUUCAAGUUCGUUAAGGGGGGUAGCGUUAGUGCAGCGGGUUAUCGCUACGCUGCGCUACGAACCCGCCGACCCGAGUUCCAUUCCCGCUCACGGCCACCACCACCAACACCAGCGUGACGGUUAUUCGAACCGGCCCUGUGCCUCCCCUCCCCUCGCUUCGACCUCAAAUGAGUGCCUGGCGCGGCGCACAGUAAACAUCGCCGCUGGGGAGACAAAGGCGGCCGGGCGUGGUGGUGUGCUGGCCACCCACCCCCUCGUGUGCCGUCGCAAACAGCACUUGCCCCAACAGUCUGUUGAGGCUUUAACAAGGUCGGGAGCGGGGGGGUUCCUUUUUUCUCCGAUUCUGAAAGUUGACCAAGCUCCCCCCAAGGUGUCUCGCGGCUGCUAUUGACGGCGAAGUUUUGCCCACAGUGGCGGCGGUCUGGAUAACCGGGGGGGUGGGUGGAGGGGGGUACCACGGGUUUCCCGCAGUGCCACCCUCGUAGUUUACCCCCCCCCCCCCUGAGUAGCCCCCAGCGCGAGCUGUGUGCCCCCCUCUCCGUUCGACUCGUUGCGGGGCGAGGCCAGCUGUGCUUGUAUCCGGAGCAGUGUGCUUUUAUCAGAAGUUUGCGCCUUCCCCCCCCCACAUCUCCCCCCUCCUAAGCGUAAACGAAGCAUAUGUUGCUUAUACCAGAACUGUGAUUAUUAUUUCGGUGUGCUCGUGUAAAGUUUCUCACUGCGUGGCUUCACAUCCUUGCAAGCCCACCAGAGGCACUGCUAUGCACAAGGAGUUGGUGACAUGAAGGAUUAUUGAGUUUCAUUAAAGGCCUGAAUCGUGACGAUUCAUCUCACCCAGUCAACUACGGGGCCUCGGGGGGGGGGGGGGGGGAGAGGUGGGGCGGGCGGGGGGAUGUUGGGUGAAAUGUCCCUAUCGUAGCUGAUUGUACAAUUGUGUGAUUGUGGCGAGUAAGUUGCCCGGAACAUAAGAAGUGAUGCCCCUGCUGCCGCUGCUGCUGCUGCUGCGGUACGGGGCAAACACCGGCACGGUGGCUCUCCCCGGCCUGGGCUUGAACUGGGACGGCAGUGACGUGAGGAGCGAGUGGCGCAAUGCGGAGCCGUUCGCAGUUCCGCUUCGCCACCAGCGCCUCCAACGCAGACCGACCGGGCGGUAGCUACCACGCUCUCUGCGGCAAGGCCCCACUUGUUAAUCACGGAUGAAGCGCCGAGCGCGUUCGACGGUUCGGGAUCGUGAACUCCGCCACCCGCAAGAAACGUGCCAGUUGCUCGGUGCGCAAAUGCCAGCACCGGGCGCGAUGGGGUGGUUCGUUUGGCCGGGGCGGGCAUGGGGCGGCGGUCGGAUGCGUCGCGACCUUGUUACCUCGUGGCGCCGGGCAAUCGCGAGCACUUGCUGGGAUUUCAAUUUGUUUGGUAGCAACUCCACAGGACGGGGGGGUUGGUGGUGGGGGUUGGUGGUGGGGGUUAAGAGUGGCGUUGGGCGGUUUUCGUGAAGCUGCUGAAAGAGUUCAACGCUGCAAUGGCAACGAACGUCGAGACAGUACGGAAGGAGGAGCGCCGCUGUAUGUUCACGGCGGUGGUUGCGUUUCGCGACGACGACGCCGCCGCCGCCUUGUGCUUGAAGAAAUACAAUCGCGUGUGGGAAAAGUUGAAAAUGUGAAAUUUUAAGGAUCGUGGGGUUUUUUUGGGGGCGUGGGGGGGUAAAGAAUUUGUUGUGGCUGCGGUGCGAGAAGUCGUGAGGUGGUCUCUGUGUGAGUCUACGGGUCUCUGCGCGAGUCUAUGGGUCUCUGUGUGAGUCUACGGGUCUCUGUGUGAGUCUACGGGUCUCUGUGUGAGUCUACGGGUCUCUGUGUGAGUCUAUGGGUCUCUGUGUGAGUCUAUGGGUCUCUGUGUGAGUCUAUGGGUCUCUGUGUGAGUCUAUGGGUCUCUGUGUGAGUCUAUGGGUCUCUGUGUGAGUCUACGGGUCUCUGCGUGAGUCUAUGGGUCUCUGGGUGAGCCGAUGGGUCUCUGUGCGAGUCUAUGGGUCUCUGCGUGAGUCUAUGGGUCUCUGUGUGAGUCUAUGGGUCUCUGUGUGAGUCUAUGGGUCUCUGUGUGAGUCUAUGGGUCUCUGUGUGAGUCUAUGGGUCUCUGUGUGAGUCUACGGGUCUCUGCGUGAGUUUAUGGGUCUCUGGGUGAGCCGAUGGGUCUCUGUGCGAGUCUAUGGGUCUCUGCGUGAGUCUAUGGGUCUCUGCGAGUCUAUGGGUCUCUGGGUGAGCCGAUGGGUCUCUGUGUGAGUCUGUGUCUUUGUGCGAGUCUAUGGAUCUCUGCGUGAGCCUAUGGGUCUCUGCGUGAGCCUAUGGGUCUCUGGGUGAGUCUAUGGGUCUAUGCGUGAGUCUAUGGGUCUCUGCGUGAGCCUAUGGGUCUCUGGGUGAGUAUGUAUGUUGAACUUCUUUCACACCGUACAUAGCCAUCCACGCUAAUCGGAGGUGCAUGGGGAAGACAACAAACGCAUGCGUCUGUGUGGAGCGGUGGUGCAGCGGUUAGCACGCUGCGCUACGAACCUGGCGACCCGGGUUUGGGAUCGAACCCACGCACUCCUGCAUACCAGGCGAGGGCGUUAGCGUCUCAUAGGCACCGCGGCGUUGAGACGCGUGCGCUGGGGUUGUAACCGUGCGGUUUGUAUGUCCCCCCCCCCCCUCACCCACCUCUUCCGAUACGUCCCCCCCCCACCGCCAGCGUGGAAGAGUAGGCCAAAAAUAGCCUCCGGAGAUUUCUGCUAAGUUGUUGGAGGCCUUUCCGUCGGCAAGUGGCGUCCGCAAAAGUGGUCACCGUUGCGUGCGCGGCCACGCUUUCACCUACCCCGUUUACCCCGUGAUCUGAAAGUUUGGCGGUGCUUAACCAGCGACUGGGCCGCGAUGCGUCCCGUAAAUAUUUGUUAUUAUUCAUUUUUUUGUCACUUGUUGGGGGGGGGGGGGGGGGGGGGGGUGUGCGCGAGUAUAUUUCUCUUGCUCUGUGAGUUUUCCCACGAUAUCGGAUGUGUGAACCGUUGUAUAUCGGGAGCGGCGAAAGGCGUGCGAUUGUGUCCUCCAGAUUAUAAGGCGCGCACAGCUUUUAUAACCCCACCCCACCCCACCCUUCCUCCUCCCCACCGCUGUAUUCUGUGAACGAACUUUGGGGCGCGCGUCUUUCGAUCUUCCCACAACGUCGUUUUUUUUUAUGACAGCGUCGUUCAGAAACCACAUUCUGAAAGACGGCUCAUUCACACUCUUAUUUUUUUCGGUAAAGUCACGGAGGUAAAAAAUUAAAUUUAAAUUACUAAAAAUAAAAUAAUUAAAAAUUGUAUUUUAUUUUUAUUAAGAGUGAAUCCUUGCAGUCACCACACGAAAGCUUCAAAUCUAGGCUCAUUCAUAGCCAAUGCCGUAUUCUCCCAAUUAUGAAAACUAAAAUUGAAUGACCAAUCAUUGGUGCAUCUUUCUGGAGCGGCGUAUAAUCCGGGAGAAUAUGGUAAUAUCUGGGUUUUUAUUUUCAUACCGCUGCAAAUGAUUGGUGGAUCAUUCUUCUCAGUAGUUUGACCGAUGCAUGCCUCGAUGUGGGGGAUCGGUCGUUUGCGCGCGCGGCCUCGUACGUUAGCCAGAGAGGCAUUCGCCAGAUCCGAGGUGGUGCGCCCAUCUUUCUUUUGUUCACGGAUAUAUUUUCAAAAGCAAACCGAGCGCAAGGGACCCAAUCCCCCGAAUCACAUACGGCAAAGUUGAGCCUGCUUAGUUCAGUACUUGGGUGGGUGAUCGCUUGGGGAUUUCCAGGCCCGGCCAAGAGGUGGUCGUGCCGAGUGUCCUCUCAUCCCCCGGUCGUGCGAACUCGGAGUUUACCCCGGGGUCUCCUGUUUACUCUCACGGGAAGGCCAAACUGUCAAAUAAUGGAAUUGGUCAAAAACACAUACCCAUUGGCAGGGCCUAGACUUUUACAAGUAAGCAAACAUCCUCACAAAUUUCAUCGGUUGUGGCAAAGAUGGCAAAAUGCAUCACGGUUAUUCUCGGCGAGGCGUGUAACACUUGAAAAACGCCCUCCUGCGGGCUUUGAGAACACCACCAGCUUACUCGUGAAGGCCCACUCCACCAGCGAUAUACAACGGCCAAUUUGGGCAGCAGUGGCCAAAGGGCCCUCUGACAAUGGAACGAGGCACCGAUUCGGCAGAAGAUCGCUUUCGGGAGCUAACAAAUAGACGGACGCUACGAAAUCUCCUCGUGCGAGAAUGGAUGGGGGAUGGCUUUGUGAUUCAUAAUAGAGUUUGUUUGGGUUAGGUCGUGUAAAAUAUAUAAAUGUGUCGUUAAACCCGCCACCACCCGACACAGCCAACUAGUGAGGGUUGUCACGUAAAGAGAACGUGGCCAAUUCGUCACUCGUACAACACUAGUGUAUAGUGUAGUGUAUAGUGUAAUAUACUAGUACAGCACUAACCGGCGUGUUGGAGAGCCAAGCCACAACAUUUACAAUCUGAGUACGACGUUUCGCCAGUAAUUACAACUAGCUUCAAAUCUAGCUCUGGAUGUGCUGUACUCGUGACGAAUUGGCCACGUUCUGUUUACGUGACAACCCUCACUAGUUGGCUGUGUCGGGUGGUGGCGGGUUUCAACGACACAUUUCUAUAUUUAUGCGAUCGAACCCAAACAACCUCCAUUAUGGAUGAUCUUGGUCGCAAAAGGCUACUCCGUGUAUAAACUGGCUUCGUAAUUGUUUUUCUCCAUUCAAUCUUUUCAGUUGUGACGGUUCGUGUGUGUGGUUGAACCCGCUGGCGGCAGGCAGUAGUAGUUAGUAGUAGUCGUAGUAGUAGAUGCGGGGAUCGUGACCCUUGAAAAUCGUGACAAUUCGUCGAAUCGCAGGAAUUGUGAGACCCCUACCAAAGAGACAGAGCAAGCCCCCACAGCCCCUUCCGUGGGGGGGGGGGGGGGGGGGGUGAUGGACCACGUCAGGACGAGUGUGCACGUUCGUCAAAGUUGCCGCCGCCGCCGCUGCUUUAUAAAGGGGUUGUACCGCGCGGGAAAAGGUGUCCGACGUUUCGUUCCACGUUCAGUUGGCCUCCCGAAGAUGCCAAGAGCCAGUAUUUUCGCGGGUUUCCGCGCCGAGUCCCAAGUGCGUGCACAAUUUACAGAUUUUAUUGUUUAAAUGUAACCCCAGCGGACAACCGAGCGUUGUUGUUAUUUUUGUUGUUGUUAAAUUACGACUAUGCUAAGAACGAUGGUAAUUAUUAUUUAAUGUUUUCCUAACCCUCCCCCCCCCAACCUCAAACACCCCUCUCUCCCACCACAGUUUGAAUCUCUUGUUUGUGGAGAGUCGAUUUGCAGGAUGCUGUUUUAAUUGUCACAAGUAAGAAUUUAUUUUUUAAUCAGGUACCUCAUUGAAGAGCUAUUACAUUCCAGGUGUAAAGAAAACAAGUUUUAAAUGUGUGUUGUGUCGCACAGCUGUUAGCCGCUUGUAAUGUGUGAGGUGAAGUUGGUUCAUGAACACGCGCCCUUCUUGCGUGUACCGCCACAUUGAAUAUUGUACAAAAAAACAACUCAACUUUGAAAACGUCUCAAAUUGCGGUCACCAACCACCCCCCUCCCCCCUGUACAUUCAGUUUCGAGUCUACUUUUCUGUAGCUUAAAUUACACAUUGUAUUAUUGCCUCGUCAAAUAAAUGUUUAUAUCAUUGCAUGA